CAGCGUCAGACUGACACGUGACUCUCCAGCGCUCAGGACUCUUAUUAUGAAACGCGCCGCCGCUGUCACCUUCGCCGUCCUCAUGGCUGGAGAUUACAGCAGAUCCUCAGUUCAUUAACCGAGGAUCUUCAUCGGGCAGCGCAUCCUCAUCCUCAGAUUAAAGCGGCGAGGUCACAAGCACUUCCUCCAUUUCCCAGAAUCCUUCACUGCAGAUCGGUUGAAGCUGUGAAGUACAGUACGGUGCUGGUCUUCAUCUGGCUUUGGAUUACUGGUCUUCUCUUGGGUUUGUCUACUCGCAGACGCACUCGUGGAGCUCAUGAAGACUGAGCGGGAUGGGAACGCUGCGCUGGAGGAGAGCAGCUCGCAGGAGCCUGAGCUCUACAGCCCUGCGUCUCCCGGCCCGCAGCGGGAGCCCAUCUCCACAUACUUCGAGGAGAAGGUUCCCAUCCCUGAGGAUGACUUGACUAAGCUGUUUAGCUUUCGUAAACUCUGGGCCUUCACUGGGCCGGGCUUCCUGAUGAGCAUCGCCUAUCUGGACCCGGGGAACAUAGAGUCGGACCUUCAGUCUGGGGCUAGAGCGGGCUUCAAGCUGCUGUGGGUUCUGCUGGGGGCCACCAUCAUCGGGCUGCUGCUGCAGCGUCUGGCCGCUCGUCUCGGUGUGGUGACCGGGAUGCAUCUGGCCGAGGUCUGCAACCGUCAUUACCCCACGGUGCCGCGGAUCAUCCUGUGGCUGAUGGUGGAGCUGGCCAUCAUCGGCUCUGACAUGCAGGAGGUCAUCGGCAGUGCCAUCGCCCUCAAUCUGCUGUCGGUCGGCAGGAUUCCUCUGUGGGCUGGAGUGUUGAUUACCAUCAUUGACACUUUCGUCUUCCUGUUCUUGGACAAGUACGGUCUGAGGAAGCUGGAGGCGUUCUUUGGGUUCCUCAUCACCAUCAUGGCCCUCAGCUUUGGUUACGAGUAUGUGCGUGUGGCUCCAAACCAGGGCGAGGUGCUGAAGGGCAUGUUUGUGCCGUACUGCAGCGGCUGUGGACCCACGCAGCUGGAGCAGGCCGUCGGGGUCGUGGGAGCUGUCAUAAUGCCUCAUAACAUCUACCUGCACUCUGCUCUCGUGAAGUCACGAGACAUAAAUCGAGAAAACAAGAAGGAGGUGAAGGAGGCCAACAAGUACUACUUCAUCGAGUCCUCCAUCGCUCUCUUCGUCUCGUUCCUCAUCAAUGUGUUUGUGGUGGCCGUCUUCGCAGAGGCCUUCUAUGGCAGGACCAACAUGGAAGUGAGUCUGCAGUGUAAUGAAACAGGAAGUGCUCACAGUGAGCUUUUCCCAGCCAACAAUGAAACACUGGAGGUCGACAUCUACAAAGGGGGUGUGGUUCUGGGCUGUUUCUUCGGCCCGGCUGCGCUGUAUAUUUGGGCCAUCGGGAUCCUCGCCGCUGGACAGAGUUCAACGAUGACCGGAACCUACUCGGGUCAGUUUGUGAUGGAGGGCUUCCUGAACCUGCGCUGGUCCCGCUUCGCUCGCGUGCUGCUGACGCGCUCCAUCGCCAUCUUCCCCACGCUCCUGGUGGCCGUCUUCCAGGACGUGCAGCAUCUCACCGGCAUGAACGACUUCCUGAACGUGCUGCAGAGCAUGCAGCUGCCGUUCGCUCUGAUCCCCAUCCUGACCUUCACCAGCCUGACCUCACUGAUGAACGACUUCGCCAACGGACUCGUGUGGAAGAUCGGCGGGGGUCUGGUCAUCCUGGUGGUGUGCGCCAUCAACAUGUACUUUGUGGUGGUGUAUGUGACGGCCCUCAACAGCAUCGUCCUCUACGUCUUCUCUGCCCUCCUCUCCAUCGCAUAUCUCAGCUUCGUCAGCUACCUGGUGUGGCGCUGUCUGAUCGCUCUGGGCGUCUCUCGUCUGGAUUUCAGAGGUUCGGUUCAGUAUCCGCCGGCCGUUCUCAUGGAUGAACAGCCAGAGUUUGAUUCCUGAAGCAGUAUGAACAUUUGUUCUUCCAAUGUGAGGAACGUCCUUACUGUAACCAGCAGUACAAUCCAAAUAUUACUCUUUCUUGGUUUUCCUGCAUCAGUUCCUGAACUCUGGCUCUGCCACAUUGUACAGAUCUACUAUUGUAGGUCUGGCAGAACCCAGAGAUCUACUGUGCUCCUUAGAUAACUUAUUUACUACAACAGCUGCAUGUGUACAAUCAGUGUAAAGUCAAGAUCAUUUAACAGCACAAAUUAAACCUAGUUAAUAACUCAUUUGUUGAUGAACGGCAGACUAGAUGGUUUGAACCGUUAUUUAUAGUUUCUCAAAGGCUGUUUUUCUUACCAUGAAUAAGCCGAUUAAGUGUUUUUACGACCUGCAGGAAUAUUAGCCUGCUUUCACCCUAAAACACACGUGUGUUAAUGCCUGAAUGAAAGAAAAAUUAGUAUUUAUUUUAUUGAUGGCAUUGAAUGCAGGAAGCAUGAGAUGCCCGUUGUGCACACUAACAAGUGCUCUGCUAACACACAGACGAUUGACCCACCAACCAUUCUGGUCAAAAAUUGAUGGAAAUGACCUCAUUUAUGACAAUAAAGCAUUUAUCAUCAUUUUCAUUAUUUUUUUUUAUUUUUAUUUUUUCCAUUUCAAAGAUUAUCUUAUCAUUGGCUGUUUCUUUAGGUGCAUCACUAUUUCAAACUUGUUUGCUGAACAGAUUUGUUGUCAUUUAACUGUACUAACAAGAGUUUCUGAACAAAAUAAAAAGCAUUACAGUUUAUGCAGCUGUAAAAAAAAAAAAAAAAAAACGAAAUCACAAAAGUGCCUUUAAAUUCCUCAUUGUAUUGUCUGGUGUGAUGUCUUCAUUAGGAGACGUGACUGUCAUCGAAAGUUUCCCUUCGUGCCAGAUUAUUUAAUUGAAAAGAUAUUGAUUUACUGUUUCUCCGUUUUUGUGUAAGUGUAGAUGUUAUGUUGGUGUGAGGCAGAUACUUGUCUUCUGCUGUUCUGCUGUAUGUUUGAAACACAUUCCAUGCUGUCAGUAAUUCAGCUGAGAGAGAGAACGCCUGAGAUGUAUUUGUUUUAAGACAUGAAUCUUAUGAAAGCUGAUGAACUUGAGUCUGUACACACUGUACAUGUGUAGCUGACAAAUAAAUAAAAGCCCAAAAUGUAAUCUUCA